UCAAAUAACCUCCACGCUUGCGCACGCGCGUCAGGGCAGGGUGGCUUCGCCGCUACCGGAGUACCACCAUAUUGGUAAAGGUAUCAGGGCGAAGGUAGAACGGAACUUCCUGUUCUCGCGUGAGCUUAAGGUGGGACUGCCACGUCCGAGCAAACCGGGAAAGAAGAGAGGAUCCCGAGCCGCGUGAUGGCCAGAGACCUGGGGGCCCCCCACUGGGUGGCCGUGGGACUGCUGACCUGGGCAGCCUUGGGGCUGCUGGUGGCCGGACACGGGGGUCAUGGCGACCCGCACGAGGACCUGCAAGAGGACUUCCAUGGCCACAGCCACAGGCACUCACAUGAGGAUUUCCACCAUGGCCACAGCCAUGCCCAUGGCCAUGGCCACACUCAUGAGAGCAUCUGGCAUGGGCAUACCCACAGUCACGACCACGGACAUUCACAUGAGGAUUUGCACCAUGGCCAUAGCCAUGGCCACUCCCAUGAGAGAUUCUACCACGGAGAACAUGGACAUGACCAUGAGCAUAGCCAUGGAGGCUAUGGGGAGUCCAGGGCUCCACGCAUCAAGCAGGACCUGGACACUGUCACUCUCUGGGCCUAUGCACUGGGGGCCACAGUGCUGAUCUCUGCAGCUCCAUUUUUUGUCCUUUUCCUUAUCCCUGUGGAGUCAAACUCCCCCCGGCAUCGCUCUCUACUCCAGAUCUUGCUCAGUUUUGCUUCUGGUGGGCUCUUGGGAGAUGCCUUCCUUCACCUCAUCCCUCAUGCUCUGGAACCUCAUUCUCACCACCCUCUGGAACAGGCCGGACAUGGACAUUCCCACAGUGGCCAGGGCCCCAUUCUGUCUGUGGGACUGUGGGUUCUCAGUGGAAUUGUUGCCUUUCUUGUGGUGGAGAAAUUUGUGAGGCAUGUGAAAGGAGGACAUGGACAUAGUCACGGACAUGGACACACUCAUGGUCACACACGUGGAAGUCAUGGACAUGGAAAACAGGAGCGUUCUUCGAAGGAGAAACAGAGCUCAGAGGAAGAAGAAAAGGAAGCAGGGGGCUUGCGGAAGAGGAGAGGAGGGAGCACAGUACCCAGAGAUGGGCCAGUGAGACCUCAGAACCCUGCAGAAGAAAAAACAGGCUCAGAUCUGCGUGUAUCCGGGUACCUGAAUCUGGCUGCUGACUUGGCUCACAACUUCACAGAUGGUCUGGCCAUUGGUGCUUCCUUUCGAGGGGGCCGGGGGCUGGGGAUCCUGACCACAAUGACUGUCCUGCUACAUGAAGUGCCCCAUGAGGUCGGGGACUUUGCCAUCUUGGUCCAAUCUGGCUGCAGCAAAAAGCAGGCGAUGCGUCUACAACUGCUGACAGCAGUAGGGGCACUGGCAGGCACAGCCUGUGCCCUUCUAACUGAAGGAGGGACCAUAGGCAGUGAAGUUGCAGGUGGUGCAGGUCCUGGCUGGGUCCUGCCAUUCACUGCAGGUGGCUUUAUCUACGUAGCAACUGUGUCUGUGUUGCCUGAGCUGUUGAGGGAGGCGUCACCAUUGCAAUCACUUCUGGAGGUGCUGGGGCUGCUGGGGGGGGUCGUCAUGAUGGUGCUGAUUGCCCACCUCGAGUGAGAGGUGGGAUAAAUCACCUCACCCCUGUCCCAAACCUCUGCCCCUAACUCCAGGUCAGGGGUCUGUGGAAGUUGGAGGCCAUGGCCAGGGACAUCUGCCAAAGGAAGGAAUUGUAACCUAGGAGAAUGGUGACUUUGGCAUUAGGGCCUUCAAGAUUUGGCAGUCUUCCUGGGGCUGUAGAGGUGAGAAUGAGAGGCCAGAGGGACCAUAGUGUUGGGCACUGCUUGACCAUGUUGUUGGGUUUGGAGGGCUAAAUGGGGCCAUGAAGAAGGUCGGAAGGGAGAGGGGUGAUGGCAGCCUACCUGGUGUCGCCUACCCUACCUGUUCUCAGAGGACCAAGCUGCUAUGCAGAGGGUUCUCCAAGGUCCACCUCCAUGUCUCCCACCAGUUGGUGGGGGCUUCAGAGAAGACCAGAGCCAUGGACAGAGGGGGUAAAGGAGGAGUCUGGGAUAAACAUCAAUUAAACAUCAAUCGUGUGUCCUGAUUUGGGGGGAUGGGGAGAGGGUUAGUUGGUAAUUUCAUGGCCUGAUUUUUUUUGUUUCUAUUCUUUUUAUAUCACUGUGUUUGAAUCGAGGGGGAGGGUGGUGACCAGAAAUAAAGUCCUCGGAUCUUCCACCCCA